GUCAUAAUUCAUCUGUCAUUUUGAUUCCUUCACGACACGGAAGUGUAAAUUGACGAUUCCUCGAUAAAGUCUUGCAUUUGUCGAGCAAAUUCCCACUGCCGCACUAUUGAAACCUAUGCGUUUCCAUCGCCCCAAGUCCACUUACUAAGAUCGUGCCACAUUACAUUCAUCGAAAUGGGCGGACUGUUCAGUUACUUUCGCGGUCUUUUGGGAUCGCGUGAAAUGCGAAUAUUGAUUCUGGGCUUGGACGGUGCCGGCAAGACAACAAUCUUGUAUCGACUGCAGGUCGGUGAAGUGGUGACAACAAUUCCAACGAUUGGCUUCAACGUCGAGCAAGUUACGUACAAAAACUUAAAAUUUCAAGUAUGGGAUCUCGGCGGACAGACGAGUAUCAGACCUUAUUGGCGAUGUUACUACAGUAAUACAGACGCCAUUAUUUAUGUGGUUGACUCAGCCGACCGAGAUCGAAUAGGAAUAUCAAAAGAUGAACUUCUUUACAUGUUAAGGGAAGAAGAAUUGGCUGGCGCAAUUCUAGUCGUAUUGGCCAAUAAGCAAGACAUGGAAGGCUGUAUGUCUGUGGCAGAGGUACACCAAGCGCUCGGAUUAGAUGCGUUAAAAAAUCGAACGUUCCAAAUAUUCAAAACAUCAGCGACUAAGGGGGAGGGGCUUGAUCAAGCCAUGGAUUGGUUGUCUAAUGCCUUACAAUCAAGGAAAUAGCCUCUAAUUACAUUUAAAUAAUUUUUAACUAUAAUUAAAGAAAAGUAUAUAACACACACAAUUAUAAGGAAGGAAAAUAUAAUUUUUAAAGAAAACUAUUAUAAAUUAUUUUCUAAAACAAGAUAAAAGCAAAAGGUGAAACGGAAUAGAGUGGAAAAUGGUAGGAGUCGAAAAUGGAUGCUUUUGUAUACGCUUGCCAUGCAAUCCCAAACCAUACUCCAUACUUCUACGCGAAUUUCUCCUUUCAAUGACUUUUCGAACAAUAUCGGAAGACAAAAUACUGCAAGCUGUGUACAUUCUUUAAUUUCUGGAAGUCUCUUCGCUAUAAAAAAAGACUAAAUAACUUCCUGACGAUAAUCAAAUUAUAAACAAAAACGAGAAAGUUCAAUAAUUGUAUUUAUAUUUAAUUCUUUUGUGUAUUUGUUCAUUUUUUUUUUGUUUCUUUCUUCUGUAAGUGGUACGAAUUUAUGUAGAUUUUGAAAUCAUUUAAUGAAAGCAGCUGACGCGGCAAUGAAAGAACGAUGGAAACAAUGUAUGCAUUCACUUAAUUAAAAAAUUCUUUUAAUAUUUAAGAAGAUGAUUGAUGGUAAAAAGAAUCUUUCAAGAACCAAAUAAAGAUAUUUCUACUGAA